AUGGAGGGUGGACUACUCAAAACGACGUCAUUUCCAUUGUUGGAACCGUCGACGACAAGUACUUGGGGAAGAACGUCGGGAACCGCUUCCAAGGUUCAAACGCUGGCUAACAUUGUCGUUUCGAUUGUUGGGACCGGCGUUUUGGCUCUCCCUUUUGCUUUUCGUGUCGCAGGUUGGCUUGCAGGAUUGCUUGCUAUUCUCGUUGGUGCCCUCUCCAACUACUAUUGCAUGCUUCUCCUUGUCAAGUGUAGGGAGAAGUUGGCAUUAGAAGUAGAAGAAGAAGAAGAUAAAGAUUCAACAAGCAAAAGAACGUACGGUGAUUUAGGUUAUGAGUGUAUGGGGACGACGGGUCGUUUUAUAGUUGAAUCCUUCCUUCUCAUAUCUUAUUGUGGAAGUUGCGUGGCGAAUCUUGUAUUCAUUGGACAGAAUCUUUCAUCGGUAAUCAAAGGCCAUCUAAACUCCUCAUUCUACAUACUUUUUCUAGUCCCACUAGAAAUCGGGUUGUCAUGGAUUAGGAGCUUGUCUUCUAUAGCACCGUUUAGCAUAUUUGCUAAUAUUUGCAAUAUACUGGCUAUGGGAAUUGUGGUUAAGGAAGAUGUGGAACAAGUUUUUAAGGGUGAGUUUUCCUUUGAUGAAAGAACGACUAUAACAUCCUAUUUGGGGGGUUUGGCCUUUGCUGGAGGCGUGGCACUGUUUUGCUUUGAAGGGUUUGGAAUGACAUUGUCUAUAGAAGCUUCAAUGAGAGACAAAACGACUUUCCCAAAAGUGCUUGCUCAUGCGUUUAAUGGGAUAGCAUUUUUGUAUGCAUUGUUUGGAUUCAUUGGUUACAUGGCUUAUGGUGAUCAAACAAAAGACAUAAUUACUCUUAAUCUCACUCAUAAUUGGUGGGCUAUAGCGGUUAAGAUGGGCAUGUGCUUCGGCCUCAUAUUCACAUUUCCCACAAUGGUUCAUCCCAUCAAUGAGAUCAUAGAGGGAAGGUUGAAGAAGAACAAAUGGUUUGAAAAGGUGGACGACAACGAUUGUCAUUCAACGACAAGAAUAGGAAUGUUUGGGAUAUAUGUGAGCCGUGGGAUUUUGGUGAUUGGGUUGGCAGUGUUGGCCUCAUUCGUGCCUGAGUUUGAUGCAUUCGUCUCCUUUUUAGGGAGUACAAUCUGUGCUCUUAUUUCAUUUGUUUUACCUGCCAUUUUGCACCUAAAGUUGUUAGGUUCUUCUCUGAAUUUCUCCCAAAAAGCCUUAGAUUUAUUUAUUUUGACCUCUGGUAUGCUUCUUGCCAUCUAUGGAAUAUAUAAUGCUAACGUUGGUGUAUGAUUCUUGAUCUGGACUGGACACC